AAGUAAAGUACAAAUAUCUAAAAUGUAUACUUAAGUACAACUACCUUUACCCGAUUACCUUCCACAUUUGAUAGAAACUGUCUACGCCACUAAAACACUCCAAAACGUCUUGUGUUUGUUGCGGUCUCUUUGUUCAACUUAAAACUUCUUCUUCUUCUUCCUUGCUUUUUUCCCAGUCUAUCUCUUUAUUUAUUUAUUUUUUUAUUUAUUUAUUUACUUUCCUCCUGACCCUCUUUCAUUUCUGUUUCCCUCUAUCCAAACGUUCUCACGCGGCGUCACAGUCGGAAAACCGCGGCGACACAAACACAAACAGCCCCGCUUUGAAAUCCACUAAUCUCCCCGAGCCGAGCCUCCUCCUCCUCCUCUCUCAGACCGGUACGAUCUGACCUUGACGGAGAACAAAAUGAAAAAAAAAAAAAAAAAAGAGAGGCAGAGAGAGAGAAGAGCGAGGGAAGAGAAGAGGAGAGGAGAGAAAGUAGAAGGAAGAGGGGUGGAAGGGAGUUACUGGAGGAGCACACAAGAGAAGGCAACACAGGCAGAAGCUGAAUCAAAGAAGCAAAGAGGGCAGGAAGAUGAAGGCGGGUGCAGGACUCCUCUCUGCAGUAGCGCUGUUCCUCCUGGUGGGGGCAGUGUUGAGCCAGAAUCCGCCACGAAAGAAACCCACCAAGCGCCCGCCCCCCUCCAGGAAACCAUCCGUGGCCCGCCCACCACGCCCACCUCGACCCCCUCGCCCCACCCUCCCCGAACCCGUUGAGCCCACGGACCUGCCCCCUGUCAUCUUGGGCACCGCGGACAUGUACGCGGACUGUCCCAAAGUCUGUACCUGCUCCAGGACUUACCCCAAUACCCUGUUCUGUGAAAACCAUAACCUCCGGGUGGUCCCUGUGAUCCCGGGAAGGACGCAUUACCUGUACCUGCAAAACAACUUCAUCUCCGAGCUCACCGCGGAGCCCUUCGCCAACGCUUCAGAGGUGCGCUGGAUCAACCUGGCCAACAAUCGCAUCCACCGCAUAGACAAACAGGUGUUUGAGCACCUGCCGUCGCUCCUGUACCUGUACGCUCAGAGGAACCAGCUGAAGGAGGUCCCUGCUGGUAUGCCCGCGAGUCUGGAGCAGCUGAGACUCGCCAAGAACCGUAUCUCCAGCAUCCCCUCAGGAGCCUUCAGCAAGAUGGGCAACCUCACCAUGCUCGACCUGUACCACAACCAGCUGAGUGACAGUGACCUGGGGAAGAACACGUUUAAAGACCUGCACGGCCUGAUGCAGCUCAACCUGGCCCAUAACAUCCUGAAGAAGAUGCCCUUAGGAGUGCCCAAAGGAGUCAUCCAGCUGUUCCUGGACAAAAACCGCAUCGAUGGCAUCCCAAAAGAUUAUUUCAAUGACUUCUCUCACCUGGCCUUCCUGAGGCUCAACUAUAACCAGCUGAGUGACAAGGGCGUCCCAAAGACAGUCUUCAACAUCUCGUCUCUGUUGGACCUUCAGCUCGCCCACAACCAGCUCUCCUCUGUGCCCAUGUUCAACAGCCACCUGGAGCACCUGCAUCUCAACCAUAACACCAUAGAGAGCAUCAACGGCACCCUGCUGUGCCCCUACAGCCUGGAGGUGGAACCUGAGGACCUCAGCCUCAUGCCCCGCCUACGAUACCUGCGUUUGGACGGGAACCACCUGAGUCCCCCCAUCCCCAUGGACGUCAUCAUGUGCUUCAGACACCUGCACUCCAUCGUCAUUUAGACUGGGACUAAACCGGGUCUGAACCAGGUCUAAACCAGGACUGAACCAGACUGAAUCAGGACUGAAGCAGUCCAGGACUAAACCAGGACUAGGUCUGAAACAGGACUUAACCAGGACUUAAACACAAUUCAAGCAGGACUGAAUCACGACUAAACCAAGACUUAAUCAGGACUUAACCAGGACUGAAUCAGUCCAGGACUAAACAAGAACUAAACUAGGACUAAUGAGUGAUAUAAACUUGAACUGCAAAAGACUCCUGUGCUUCACUGGCAGGACCUGAACCACAAUUUUGAGAAUCGCUGCUUCCAGCACCAGCUUGGAGAGGAAAGCGCACCGCAUCGACUUUAAGUCUUUUUUUUUUUUUUCAGUAAUGUUCUUAAUAUGUGUAAAAUAGGUAAGAAUAAAGGUGACAUUGAGGACAGCUUGAUGCAAAACAAGGAAAAGGAAAGAACUUAAAACUACCAUGUAGUUAAUGAGGUCCUGAAUGCACCUAUGAUGUUCAUGUACUCCAUGUAAAAAACCUUUCGGUUAGUCUUCUUUUCUGUAUAAAGCCACUUUGUACAAAAAUAAAUACAC